AUGGCUGCAGAAGGUGAAGACCUUGCGAAGGCUUCCGCUCGUCCUGGCUUAGCUAACGGCGGAAGCUUCGUGGCUCCCGCGAUUUGCCAAGGAGCAGAAGCAACCGGCGCAAGCAGAGACGUGGAAGCAGCAGGAACAGCCGCGGAGGACGCAGCGGGAACGGCGGCGGGAGAAGCAGAAGGAGCGCCCGACGCGAUUGGUGCGUCCACCCCGCCUCGUGAGGCGAACCCGACCAGUCCGUCGCAUGCAAUCCGUGCGAGCCUCUCCGCGCCCCCGCGCGUGACGAGCAAGAAGCCGCCCGACAGCAUGCCGCUGCUGCGCCUACCGCUGGGCCUGUCGCCGUCCGCUUGGCCGCAAGGAGGGAAGCGGCAGCUUGGGCGAGAUGACACGGGAGAUGACAAGCGGCUGGAUUUGAGUAUGCCGGGACUAAGCUCUCAACAGGGAGGGGGUUCGGGCGGCUCGGAUGGUCCUUGCUGGAAGAAGCGCGCCGUUGGGGGUGUUUCACCGGGCGUAGCCGCUGUAGCAGUGUCCUCGGGUAUACCGUCCCCGGAUGCACCGUCCUUGGGUGCACCAUCCUCGGUAUUAUCUGUUCCAACUCCAACAGCCGUCGCGUCUACUUAUGUCGCCUCCCCGUCCUCUUCCUCCGCCUCUCCGCUCCGCCUUCCCUCUCCACUUCGCCUCCCCUCCUCCCUCCGCCUCAACUCCCCUCUGCGCUUCUCCCGCCGAUCUUCCCCGGCCCUUGCGCCGGUUUCUGGCGGUCACGCCCUUCCAGUCCCCCCCGGAACCCCGAAUAACGGCGCGCCACCUUUCCUCUCGCAACCGUCAAACUCCCCCCUUGGGUUGUCGCUUCCUCCCUCCAGCACCUCACCCAGUCCUCACGCUGCGCGGGCGCACGGUCCGCUUCCGCCGCUAUCCCUUCCGCCCCCCGCCGCCCCGCUCCCUGCUCAACCUUCCCCCGCGCCGACUCCUGACGGCGGGUGGCAAGGGACAGCUGGCGCAAGUCCUCGCAACCCUCCGAACCAGGGGGGACCGCAAGAACCUGCCAAUUCCCCACACUACCGCGGGGUGCGGUUGCGCCCAUGGGGAAAAUGGGCGGCGGAAAUCCGCGAUACCGCCAACAGCGCGCGCCUGUGGCUGGGCACGUUCCCCACGGCGGAAACGGCGGCGCUGGCGUAUGACGUGGCAGCGAUGGCGAUUCGAGGAAACAAGGCGAAGCUUAAUAUGGAGCAGCACAGAGAGCUGGCGAACGAAGUUCGCGAUCUGGUGAGAACGCUGAAAGCGGCGGCAAAAGCGGCACAGGAUGCGGCGGCGGCGCGCGCGUAUGCGGAGGCGAUGGCGGAUGCUGGUGGAGAGGAGGGGAAGCCGCCAGGGCUGAAGAGCGAAACCGCGACAGGGAACGGCGAGGACCGAGCAGCGAACGGCGACACGUUGAGUGAACGGCUGGGAACGGUUAGGGAUGGUGACACUGGUUUAGAGGCAUCUCGAAAUGAGGGGGGCGGAAACGAGAAGUCAGCGGGUCGGGAAUGCGCGAACUAUGCGCCGGUGGCGGAAGGUACAGGCGGAGCACGCAGCGCGCAGGAGAAAGACCAGAUGGCGGAGCCGCGAUUCGGGCAGGGAAACGGGCAGGGAAACGGGCAGGCGAACGGGCAGGAGAACGGGCAGGGAAACGGGCAACUCCCAAUGCUGCGACAGGCCCCGCCACAGGCGCCGCUUCUCCACGUGGUGAUGGGGAAGGUGGUUACCACCAUGGUGGAUAAGUAUGGCGGGGGAAUGGGGAAUUGGGCCAGGGGCGUUGGCGCUAAUCAGGGCGCGCUGGGGAGCGGAGGAAGCGGGGGAGGCGGAGGAAGCAGCGGGGGAAGCGGGGGAAGUGGAGCUCCUGAGGGUAUUGGGGCAGGGUGGGGAGUUGGGGGAGGUGCGGCGAAUGGGGGAAAUUGGGGGAAUGGGGAGACAAAAACGGGUGCCGUGGGAGGGGGUGCUGUGGGUGCAGAUAGGGAAGGGGUUGGAGGGAACGCGGGGCAGCAGGUGGACAGGAAAGAGUUGGUUACAUCCCCCUUACAAGCUCUCUCGUUAAACCAGGGAGUCUCGCCCAUGCAAUGCCAGGCCUCCUUCAUAGAAAGGAACACGUCCCCUGUACUACCCCAAGUGAAGGUCGAGCACGUUCCUGCUUUUACCGAGUCAGCUUACAAAGGUUCGGUGUUGCAAACAGGAGGGCAGUUCGUGAGUGGAGCAACUGCGUUUGCUGGUAACCAUGUAACCAGUUCGUGUGUGGUUGCGCCCAGCGUCACACCUCCGCCUGUAGCUGUACCGAGUGUGCUUACAGGGGGGAUGACAGGAACGCACUCAGAGGUGCCUGCACUUCCUAAGACUGCGUGUAAGGGGGACGCCUGUAGAGGGGAUGGGGGGAGCAGCAGCAGCAGUAGCAGCAGCGGUGGCAGAAGCAGCAGGCAGAGUGGGGGAGAGGAGAUGGGCGAUGGCAUAGGGGGCAUGAAUGGCACGGGUGGGGUAGGUGGCAUGGGCGUGGGGGGUGGGGCAGGUGAAACAGAGAGGAUGGAGGUGGAUGGACGGACACAGGAAGCAGGGCGAAACUUUGAAGGGUUGGUGGGCACAGUACAAUGUGCGUUUGAACAUCUCACCCCUAAAUCGCCUCACCUUAUGCAGCAGGGCGGUGGCGGGAACGCUGGGGUAUUAUUUGGCAGUGAGCGAACGACGACACCUGGCAUGGUAUCAGGGUCUCGUGGCGUGGAUGAUGUGCCACGUGGCAUGGUAUCAGCGUCACGGGGCAUGGAUCAAACGCCACGUGGUUCUUCAGGCGCGGCUUCUGUUGCCCCUUCAGGUAGUGCUUCAGGUGGGUUUUCAGCUCAACCCCCUGCCGAACGACCGGGAUGGCAUUACACAGAAUCUCAUCAAGCAACAGAGAAAGCAGCAGAGGAGAUUGGCAGCGUAAAGAAAGAGAAUGUCGCCUCUACUGGUGGAGGAAGAGGAGGAGAAGGAGGAGUAGAAGGAGGAGGAGGAGGAGGAGGAGGAGGAGGAGGAGGAGGAGGAGGAGGAGGAGGAGGAGGAGGAGGAGGAGGAGGAGGAGGAGGAGUAGGAGGAGGAGGAGGAGGAGGAGGAGGAGGAGGAGGAGGAGGAGGAGGAGAAGGAGGAGGAGGAGGAGGAGGAGGAGGAGGAGGAGGAGGAGGAGGAGGAGGAGGAGGAGGAGGAGGAGGAGGAGGAGGAGGAGGAGGAGGAGGAACGGGGAUAAGUGGGAUCUCCCAGGGUACCAGCCUUGGCGAUCCCAGGAGCGAAGGGGCGAGAGGCGAUAGCUUCUCAGCGUCAGUGCCUUUUGAGAAUCACACGCUAGAGACGUUAGAGAAUCCUCUGACGGGCUCUGGGAGGAAGGAGGGGGUGAGAGGAGGGGUGAGAGCGGCAGGAAUCAGGACUGCCCAUUUCCGCCCUAACGCUGCAAUUGUGGAGGCAUUUAGAAACGGUGAGGGGCGGUUGGAUGGGGUGGAAGCAGUGGUGUUUCAGGCGCCUCAAGCAGCAGCAGCAGCAGCAGCAGCAGCAGCAGCAGCAGCAGCCGCUGCAGCAGUAUCAACAGCAGCAGCAGCAGCAAUAUCAGCAGCAACAGCAGCAGCAGAAUCAGCAGGAGCAGCAGCAGAAAAAUCAGCAGGAUCAGCUGCAGCAGUAUCAGCAGCAGUAUCAGCAGCAGUAUCAGGAGCAGUAUCAGCAGCAGCAGCAGCAGCAGCAGCAGCAGCAGCAGCAGCAGCAGCAGCAGCAGCAGCAGCAGCAGCAGCAGCAGCAGCAGCAGCAGCAGCAGCAGCAGCAGCAGCAGCAGCAGCAGCAGCAGCAGCAGCAGCAGCAGCAGCAGCAGCAGCAGCAGCAGCAACAGGAUACGCAGUGGCAUAG